AAAGUGCCAGCCCUGGCCACUCCGAUACACCAAAAGAAAAUUGGCGGCGGAAAUUUUUAUUUUUGCCCUGGAAAAGCAGGAAAAGUACAGGAAAAUAGGGAGCAGAUGACCGCAGGACGACCCAUGAAGAUCCCCAGACCCACCGCACACAGUGAAUAACCGAAAAAAGGCUCUGCAAGAGUUUCGGAUCUGAGAGACUGACAAACCCACGAUGUCGUCGACAUCGGCGGCUGCCUCGACCACAGCGCCUGCGAAAACAGAGGUGCGCUACGUGACCGAGGUGCCCAGCAGUCUGAAGCAACUGGCCCGCCUCGUGGUCCGUGGAUUCUACUCCCUGGAGGACGCCCUCAUCAUCGACAUGCUGGUGCGGAAUCCCUGCAUGAAGGAGGACGACAUCGGCGAGCUGCUGCGCUUCGAAAAGAAGCAGCUGAGGGCCAGGAUCACAACGCUGCGCACCGACAAGUUCAUCCAGAUCCGGCUGAAAAUGGAAACGGGGCCUGAUGGCAAGGCCCAGAAGGUUAACUACUACUUCAUCAACUACAAGACCUUUGUGAACGUGGUUAAGUACAAGCUGGAUCUGAUGCGCAAGCGCAUGGAGACGGAGGAGCGGGAUGCCACCAGCCGGGCGAGUUUCAAGUGCUCCACGUGUUCCAAGACUUUCACGGACCUCGAGGCAGACCAGCUGUUCGACAUGGCCACCCUGGAGUUCCGCUGCACCUUUUGCGGCAGCUCCGUGGAGGAGGACAGCGCUGCCAUGCCCAAGAAGGACUCGCGCCUGCUGCUGGCCCACUUUAACGAGCAGCUUCAGCCGCUCUACGACCUGCUGAGAGAGGUGGAGGGCAUCAAGCUGGCGCCGGAGGUACUCGAACCGGAACCUGUGGACAUCGAUACCAUUCGAGGACUGAACAAGCCCAACGCCAUGCGACCGGAUGGCUUGGCGUGGUCGGGUGAGGCGACGAGAAACCAGGGCUUCGCCGUGGAGGAAACGCGCGUGGACGUCACCAUCGGCGGCGACGACACCUCGGAUGCCGUGGUGGAGCGCAAGUCCCGACCCAUUUGGAUGACCGAGAGCACUGUGAUAACCGACACGGACGCUACCGAUGGCGCGGGCGAUGCGGUGCAGACGGCCAGCGGAUCCGGACAUCGCAACCGCAAGGAGAACGAAGACAUUAUGUCCGUGUUGCUGCAGCACGAGAAGCAGCCGGGACAGAAGGAGCCGCAUAUGAAAGGCAUGCGCAUGGGCUCCUCGAACGCCAACUCCAGCGAUUCCAGCGACGACGAGAAGGAUAUCGACAACGCCAAGAUUCCUGAUGUCGACUUUGACAAUUAUAUCAACUCGGACUCCGCGGAGGAGGAGGACGAUGUGCCCACUGUGCUGGUGGCAGGAAGGCCGCAUCCCCUUGACCAACUGGACGACAACCUGAUAGCGCAAAUGACGCCGCAGGAGAAGGAGAACUACAUACACGUAUAUCAGCAGCACUACAGCCACAUAUAUGAAUAA